AUGGCGAGGCAGAGGACGGAGCGUGGAGUGGAAGAGCAAAGUGGAAGCCGUUGGGAUAAACUAAAUGGGAUGCAGCUAAAGCUUGCUUAUGCUGACAAGUCUCCUUCUGUGCUGAAGACUCGAGCCUUUGAGAAGUUUUUCAUUCAACGCAUUGAGCUGUAUGAUAAGGAUGAAAUAGAAAGAAAAGGAAGUAUUCUGGUGGAUUAUAAAGAACUCAUUGAAGAUGGGGACCUAACCAAAUCGAUACCAGAUAUAUCUACUGAAUUAAGGGAUAUGCCUCAGCAAAUACUGCAAUGCAUGGGCUUGGCAAUUCACCAGGUGUUAACAAAGGACCUUGAAAGACAUGCUGCUGAGCUGCAGGUGGAAGAAGGAUUACCACUUGUUGGAGAACCUAUAAUAAACGUGCCACAAAUUCAUGCCAGGGUGUACAACUAUGAUCCACUAACUCAGCUGAAAAAUGUUCGGGCCAACUGCUAUGGGAAAUACAUCGCCUUGCGUGGUACCGUUGUGCGUGUCAGUAACAUUAAACCUCUCUGCACCAAGCUGGCCUUUGUAUGUGCCACAUGUGGAGACGUUCAGGGAGUUCCUCUCCCUGAUGGGAAAUACACCCUUCCAACUAAAUGCCUUGUUCCUGAGUGCCGGGGCCGGUCAUUCACAGCAGACAGAAGCUCUCCUUUAACCACUACAGUGGACUGGCAGUCUAUUAAGGUGCAGGAGCUCAUGUCCGAUGAUCAGCGAGAAGCAGGUCGAAUCCCUCGCACGAUAGAGUGUGAGCUGGUGCAGGAUCUUGUGGACAGUUGUGUCCCCGGAGAUAUGGUCACCAUCACAGGGAUAGUUAAGGUGUCAAGUGCUGAGGAAGGAGCUUCUAAAAAUAAGAAUGACAAGUGUGUGUUCCUGUUGUACAUUGAGGCGAAUUCUAUCAGCAACAGUAAAGGGCAAAAAAUCAAGAAUUUUGAUGAUGAGACUUUUCAAAGAACAUUCAUGGAAUUUUCUCUUAAAGACCUUUAUGCUGUUCAGGAAAUUCAAGCUGAGGAAAAUCUGUUCAAGCUCAUUGUGAACUCUCUUUGUCCUGCUAUCUAUGGCCAUGAGAUUGUAAAAGCAGGUUUGGCGUUGGCCUUAUUUGGAGGAUGUCAGAAGUUUGUAGAUGACAAGAACAGAAUCCCAGUGCGAGGAGACCCGCAUGUCCUGGUUGUUGGAGAUCCCGGAUUAGGAAAAAGUCAAAUGUUGCAAGCAGUGUGUAACGUUGCUCCUCGGGGUGUGUACGUCUGUGGUAACACUUCCACCAGCUCUGGCCUCACUGUUACCCUGUCCAGAGACGGUGCUUCAGGAGACUUCGCCUUGGAAGCUGGUGCCUUGGUGCUUGGAGAUCAAGGGAUUUGUGGCAUAGAUGAAUUUGAUAAGAUGGGAAGCCAGCAUCAGGCCUUGUUGGAAGCUAUGGAACAGCAAAGCAUCAGCCUUGCCAAGGCUGGCAUUGUUUGCAGUUUGCCUGCCAGGACAUCUAUCAUUGCUGCAGCAAACCCCGUUGGAGGACACUAUAACAAAGCCAAAACUGUGUCUGAGAACUUGAAAAUGGGGAGCGCUUUGCUGUCAAGAUUUGACCUGGUUUUCAUUUUGCUGGACACCCCCAACGAAGACCACGACCACUUGCUGUCGGAGCACGUGAUGGCCAUGCGAGCGGGGAAGCCGGCGGCGUGCAGCGGCGCCGUCGUGGCUCGCGCCAGCGCGCAGGACCGCUCCGUCCUCGAGGCCGUCUCGGACCGACCGCUGCUGGAGAGGCUGAAGAUCUCCCCAGGAGAGACCUUGGAUGCCAUUCCCCACCAGCUGCUGCGGAAGUACGUGGGAUACGCGCGGCAGUACGUGCACCCGGCUCUGUCUGCAGAAGCUGCCGAGGUCCUCCAGGGAUUCUACCUGGAGCUCCGCAAACAGAAGCAGGGAACCGACGGCACCCCCAUCACCACGAGGCAGCUCGAGUCACUGAUUCGACUCACAGAGGCACGGGCAAGGCUGGAAUUAAGGGAGAAGUCUACAAAGGAAGAUGCUGAGGAUGUAAUAGAAAUAAUGAAAUACAGCAUGCUGGGAACGUAUUCAGAUGAGUUUGGAAAACUGGACUUUGAACGCUCGCAGCAUGGAUCUGGGAUGAGCAAUCGGUCACAAGCAAAAAGAUUUGUUUCUGCCCUUAACAAUAUUGCAGAAAGAACCUACAACAAUCUCUUUGAAUUACAGCAACUUCGACAGAUUGCAAAUGAAUUACAAAUACGAGUAUCUGAUUUUGAAAGCUUUAUUGGAUCUCUAAAUGAUCAGGGUUAUCUUUUGAAAAAAGGUUCAAGAAUUUAUCAGCUCCAAACACUGUGAAAAGAGCCGCCCUGACAAAUUUCUUGACACCCAGCCAUAAU